CCAGCGCAUAUGCAUGAGGUUAGCGCCUGCCUGUGUCUCUGCAGCUGCCUGUUCCAGAGCGAGAGAGAACAAGAGAAAGAGAGUGGGAGAGAACGAGAGUAAGAGAGGAAGAGAGAGAGGGAGAAACAACAGAUGAGAGCGAGAGAGAGAGAGGGAGAGAAAGCGAAAGAAAGUGAGUGAGCACGAGAGAGAAGGCACUGUGAACGGGAGCAGUCGAAGGCUCCAGCCAUGGCAGUGUUGUGUGUGUUGGGGAGGCGAUGAGAGGAGGCAGCCAUGGCUAUGUCACUGAGCGCGGACGAUGAGGAUUACGACUCCGACAGCACAGAGCAGCAGCGCCCUCCUCCUAAUCGGCCGAAACCCAAGAUGGCCACGGCGGCAUCCGCAUCGCUCUCCACGCCGGGGUCGGCGGGGGUCAAACUGCCAUCCAACCGCAGCGCCUCGGGCGCCCGGCGGAGACGCACGCGCUGCAGGAAGUGCGAGGCGUGCGUGCGGACGGAGUGCGGCGAGUGCCACUUUUGCAAAGACAUGAAGAAGUUCGGCGGGCCCGGGCGCAUGAAGCAGUCGUGUAUCAUGAGGCAGUGCAUCGCGCCGGUCCUGCCGCACACAGCCGUGUGUGUGGUGUGCGGUGAGGCGGGGAAGGAGGACACGCUGGACGAGGAGGAAGAGAAGUUCAACGCCAUGCUCAUGGAGUGCUCCAUCUGCAACGAGAUCGUUCACCCCAACUGCCUGAAGGUGAAGGAUGUGGCCGGAGUGGUGAAUGACGAGCUACCCAACUGCUGGGAAUGCCCUAAAUGCAAUUACGCUGGGAAAACAGGAAAAGUCGUCAAGCAAAAACGGGGACCAGGGUUCAAAUACGCAUCCAACCUGCCGGGCUCGUUGCUGCGGGAGCAGAGGCUGGGCCGUGAGGCGCGAGACGACGGCGACCAGACCCCCUCGGCCUCCUCCGCCGGAGCCGGAGUCGGAAUCGCCCUCGGGGCCAGCGGAGUCAGCCCUGCGGGAUCUCUGGGUGGAUCGACGCCUGGGUCCGCCGCCAUCUCCUCCUCCCUGGGCCUGAAGCGGAAGAGCGACCGCGACGAGCCGCCCCGACUACGGCCGGACGAGUCCUCGGGUCCACCCACCAGUCGCCUGCCCCCGCUGCUCACGCCCAGCGGCCUGCCGCGCCCGCGGCCCGAGAUCCCGGCCUUCCUCCGGAAGAAGCGGAAGCUGUUUGAAGACGACGAUGAAGAGGAGCAGCAGGAGGAGGCCAACGCCAGGAGGAAGAAGAAAUCCUGGAGAGAUGAUCCUCUGAUCCCAAAAUUCUCUCAGGUCAAGAAAGAGGAGGAGGAAGAAGAGGAGGAGGAAGAGGAGGAGGAAGAGCCGUCUGAGAGAGAACAAGACGAGGAGGAAGAAGAGGAAGACGACAAGCACACGGUGAAACGCUUGUCCAGAGCAAACGAGGGCCGGUGCAGUCGGCUGAAGCAGGAGGAGGACGACGGGGAGGAGGAAGACGAGGAGCAAGACGAGGAGGAAGAGCGCAGCAGCCGCCGGAGCGAGCGCAGCCGCAGCCCCGGGCCUCUCCGAGCCACGCCCGCCUCGCUGGAGAGCGACCAGUCGCUGGGCAGUUCCCCGCGGGCCGGACCCAGCAGCGAGGGCGGCGGCAGCGGGGACGGAGGACCGGAGAGGACGCCCCCGACCCGCACGUCCCGUGGCUCCGCACACCCCCAGCCCCAACCCCAACCCCAACCCCAGGCCCAGGCCCAGCCCCAGCCUCACCCCCCUGGCCACCAGCAGCAGCAACAGCAUCAGCAGCAGGCCCGGAGGCGGCGUCGGCUGCCCAACCGCGAGCUGAGCAGCGAGCUGAGCAAGGAGCUGAACAUGGAGAUCCAGCGCACUGAGGACACGCUGGCCAACGAGAACCGCCAGCCCCUGCGGCACGACCCGGCCGACUCCGACCGCGACGACCACGAGGCCAGCGAGAACGAGGAGCCCAAGCGCCCUUACCGCAACGGCAACCCACUGGCCGGCCUGAGAGACGGGCGCGGCGGAGGAGGUGGGGAUCUGGAUCGAGUCGGUGGCGGCGGCGGAGGAGGAGGAGGUGGCGGGGGUGAGAGGCCGCACCUGCGCGCCCGCGAGAUGAACGGUACGCCAUGGGAGCUGCGUCACUUCUACGGCCCGCCACAGAUCACGCCGCUGGGCUUCAACCGCAGCUCGCCCGCCAUCCGGCCUCUGCCCCCCCGCUCGCCACCCAAGUGCAUCCAGAUGGAGCGGCACGUGAUCCGGCCGCCACCCAUCAGCCCGCCGCCUGAGCGCCUGCCGCUCGCCGACGGACGCAGCCAUGUGGCCCAGCGCGAGCUCUGGUUGGCCAUCUUUAGUCACAUGAGCCACCGCGACUUGUGUGUCUGCAUGCGCGUGUGCAAGACAUGGAACCGCUGGUGUUGUGAUAAGAGACUGUGGACACGUAUUGACCUGAACCGCUGCAAAUCCAUCACUCCUCUGAUGCUGAGUGGAAUCGUGCGCCGACAGCCCGCCACUCUGGACCUCAGCUGGACCAACAUCUCCAAGAAACAACUCAGCUGGCUCAUCAACAGACUACCAGGUCUGAGAGUGCUGCUGCUGUCGGGCUGCUCGUGGGUGGCCGUGUCUGCUCUGUGCACCUCGUCCUGUCCGCUGCUCAGGACUCUGGACGUCCAGUGGGUGGAGGGCCUCAAGGACGCUCAGAUGCGAGACCUGCUCUCCCCUCCCACCGACAACCGCCCAGGUCAGAUGGACACACGCAGUAAGCUGAGGAACAUAGUGGACCUUCGUCUGGCGGGCCUGGACAUCACAGACAGCUCCCUGCGGCUCAUCAUCAAGAGCAUGCCCUUGCUGUCCCGUCUGGACCUCAGCUACUGCAACCACAUCAACGACCAGUCCAUCAACCUGCUCACCGCCGCUGGUACCACCACCAGAGACUCCCUCGCAGAGGUCAACCUGUCAGUGUGCAACCGAGUGACAGACCAAUCGCUGUCCUACUUCAAGCGCUGUGGCAGCAUCUGCCGGAUCGAUCUGCGGUUCUGCAAGCAAGUGACGAGACAGGCGUGCGAGCGCUUCAUCGCCGAGAUGUCUGUCAGUGUGCCGUUUGGCCUGCGCGAGGACAAGCUUCUUCAGAAGCUCAGCUAGUCUGUCACGUCCGGGGACAUCAUAGUAAACCUUCGAACAUAUGACAAACAAACCAUAGGCCACCAAAACUCCUCCUCCACUUUGCACUAGAAUUCAUAAAGAAAAAAAGAAACACUUGCAUAUUUUGGGGGAAUUCAGAUUGUUUUGUUGUGUUUGGAUUUGUUUUGUUUGUGGUCAUUUGCUUGGAAGGGCAGGCCUCUCAGUGUGGAUGGACAAGAUAAGAGAAGCUAUCGGAUUGGGGAAAGUUAAUAUCCCACUAAGAUAAUGACGGAUGCGGACAGUCACUGAUACUCUUAACAUGGCAUUCACGCACACACUCACACACACACCUGUAAGUCCACGGGACCUGUAGCUGAGGAAAGCACAAGAUCCCUCGGCAGGUCCCAUCAUGGAGGCAGGGUACCCCACCCCAGGCAGCAGUGGCUCUGUGCAGACAAACCCAGCAUGACCGCGUUUGUCCUUCAUGCCGAUAAGGCAACUCACCACCCUUUUUUGUACAAAAAGGAGAAAAAGAAAAACAUGUUGUAAGAUUUCAGGUUGUGUGAAAUCAUUUUUUUGUUGUUGUUGGGUUAUUUUUGCUAUGUUCAAAAGUUGCUUUUUUAUAAAUAUAUAUAUAUAUAUAUAUGAAUAUAUACAGUAUAUAAUGAUAAUAACGUAAACUCAUUAUUUUCUGUUGCCUCAGUAUGUUCUUUUUGUUCUUCUCUGUAUGUAUACAGUAUUGAAUGCACUCCAGGAUGGCCGUCUAAGGUCCUAACAUUUCUCUUUUGAGACCACUCCUCUUUUUUCUCUCCUCGUCUGUUGCUUUCAAGGUUGUUCUAGUAUAUUCUGAGUGUCGUGCUCUAGCGUGUUCCAGUGUUGAGGUCUUAUUUCAAAACAGUGCCAUACGUCACAUUACCCAUCAUGCUUAGCCUUCACACCCAAUUGGAGUGUGUGUGUGUGCGUGCGUGUGCAUACCCACACACUGCAGCCAUGGCCCCUCAAGAGGCACUACAUACAUUCAAAGUGUUUCAUCAUAGGAAAAUAGAAGUGUCUGGUAUUCCUUAAUUAUGUAGCCAUUCGGACGUGCUAAAAGGGGAACAGAGAUUAAUUGCUGAGUAAGGAUGGGCUGUUUGACUGGACCUGUCCUGUCGUCAUGUUGUUGGGGGUUUUGGGGGUUGCACUUAUGUCAAUACCCAAUUAAUAUGUAUGUCCUUGGCACUCAGUCAGACACAAAUCCUAUUCUUUUUUCCACCGUCUAGUUCAGGUUGUUGUCAUGUAGCCCUGGGCUAACUAAGAUGAAUGCAGAGUUGGGUCACUUCAGAUAGCAACAUUAUACAGCAGAGAUUUAGAUAAUACUAAGCUAUUAUUUUAAUGAUUAAGAAUUAAGUAACAAUGAUUAUUGUUGUGAUCAUAAUAAUUAUUAUUAUAAUUUACUAUAAUAAUGCUCUACAUUUUUCUCAGGAUAUUCAGACCAGGGGAGCUAGUUUGUGCCAUCGGUUCAUUUUGUGUUUAAAAACCACUUUAAAUUAAAGUUAUACACACUUCCACACGCCACCAUGUACAUUUGGCUAUUUAUAUUUGUAAAUUCUUUAAAAAAGAAACUGAUAUGAAUGUGAUUAAAUAUAUAUUUCUCUGA